AUGGCGCAUCUGCUCCGAUCCGUGCUGUACCCUCCUCCAGGCCAUAAGAACCACCUAGUCCCACCGCCAAUUGUUGCUUCAAGCUCUGGAUCUAACCAGGGUCCUCGCCGGCGAGCUGCGGCAGAUACGGCGAACGCCAGAGCAGGAGAGCCGUUGCAGCAACCCAUCCAUGGAAGAUUCAACAACCCUCCGGUGUUUUUCAACCAGAACCCCGAAGAUGACCAACCAGCUGCAUCGGGGUUUGUUGCCGACAGCAUCCUUCAAGGUUUUGACCUCAACAAGCCAGCGCAAACAGAAGGUUAUGAUGGUGCUGAUCAAGAUGGGAAUGAUGCAAGCAAAAUUUGUUCCUCGGACCAAAUAGUACAGCAAGUGCAGCGUGUGGUUCCAUUUGUUGGGAUGAUGUUCGAUGACCUUGAAGUAGCAAAACAAGUAUACAAUGACUAUGCGUGGAAGCUUGGUUUCGGCACACGCAUUGGAAACACCAAGUAUAGCACAGCACGAGGAGUGCCAAAGGACACAAUACUGAGCAGAGUGUUUGAGUGUGUGCAUACUGGUAAACCAGCAGUUGAAUGUAAGAAUGCUGCUGCGAGAAGCAAAGAAGCUGCUGCAAAAGUAAAAGAAGCUUCUGUUGAUAUGAGCAACAUUGGUGAGCAAAAGUCAAGAAGCAAACAAGCUGGUUCUGAGAUGGACGUGAACGAAUCAAAGCAGCGUAAUAUUUUGCUUCGAUGUGAUCGUAAAGCACAUAUGGUUGUUGGGAAGCGGAAUGGCCAUUGGUCUGUCACUGUUUUUAAAGAAGAUCACACCCACCCAAUGGUGAAGCUAGCAGGGAGGCGACGCUACUACAGAUCACAUAGGAAAGUCCCAGAAGAAGAUUUCCAAUUCCUACAGACGCUACAUAAUCAAAACAUUACAACCGCUCAGAUAAUGGGUUGUCUAGGAAGUGUGCAUGGUGGCGACCCAAGGACGCUAGGCUACGUGAAGAGAGAUGUGUCUAACAUAAGGACAAUGCUGCGAGAGGAAGUAUCACAGCGUGAUAUGAGCAUGGUGAUUGAGUACUUUGAACGCAGGAAAGCAGAAAGUCCAAAUUUCUUUUAUGACACACAAGUUGAUUCAAACAAUGCUGUCAGAGGAUUAUUCUGGGUGGAUGGAAGGACCAGAGCACUAUACCCCAAGUACAAGGACUGUGUUUUCUUCGACACAACCUUUUGCACCAACAAGUAUAAUCUUCCUUUUGCUCCAAUCGUGGGAAUAAAUAACCACACACAUACGAUUGUUCUAGGUUGUGCUUUGCUACCGGAUGAAACAACAGAAACAUUUAAGUGGGUAUUUGAAAGGUGGAUGCUCGCAAUGAAUCAGAUGCACCCAGAUCAUAUAAUGACAGACCAGGACCAGGCUAUGGCUACUGCAAUUGACAAGGUAUUUCCAAAUUCAGUACACAGAUGCUGCUGCUACCAUGUGCUGCACCUAGCAAGGAAAAAGCUUGGUCCAAAUUUGGGAGAAGGCCAUCCAUUUGCAGAUGCAUUUUACUCAUGCAUAUAUGGAACUGAUACUAUUGAGGAGUUUGAAUUCUGCUGGCAGCAUAUGCUGCGAAGCUUCGACAUGGCAGAGAACAACCACCUCAAUAAUAUGUGGAAGAGCAGAAAGACAUGGGCACCAGUUUACUUCAGGAAAAGUUUUUUCCCAUUCACAAGCACAACUGGAAGAUCGGAAGGCCUUAACUCAUACUUCAAGACAUUGGUUCGCCCUAGUGACUCCGUGUGGAAUUUCGUGCAGCAGUAUGAGUUGUGCCAGAAUUUGAUGCUGGAUCGUGAAGACAAUGCGGGCUUCACAAUGGAGACGACGACAGCAAAGCUUUGGGGCAGUUACAGCAUUGAAGAACAGGCAUUGAAAUUUUACACAAGGGAAGUCUUCGACAGGUUCCAAAAAAUGGUUCAGAGUUCAACAAGAUUUUACCCUAUCCAUGUAGAGGCAGAAGGCUUAUGUUUUGAUCUUGUUCCAAAUCAAGACCUUGAUGUGAAAACUUAUCGGGUUGCAGUUAACCCUGAAGAAGGAUUGUACACAUGUGGAUGCAACAUGUUUGAGAUGUGUGGUUUAAUAUGCCCACAUAUCAUUAGGGUGAUGGUGCACCUCAAUGUGCAGCAAAUACCAGGAAGAUAUAUGCUUGAAAGGUGGUCUGCAGCAGCAACAACACAUGCCCCUGAACCUGGGACAAAUACAAUCAGAUUUGGUGUCCCAACAAGUAACACACUCAAGUACAACUCACUGUGCAGAAAGAUGAACCAGUUGGCAUCUGACGCAUGCUUUGAUGAUGAUACAUAUGUUGCUGUAUCCCGCAUUGUUGACGAAGCAAGCAAAGUUGUUGCUACAAUGCUGAAAGCAAAAGGUCAAGUGCAGCAGGAAGGAGAAGGUUAUCAGCAUAGACAGAGUGAGGACCAGAGACAGCAAAAACCUGAAGCUCCACAAGCAACAAACAACAACAGUAGAUGGUACUGCAAGUCACCAGGUGAAGAAUCCUCCACGUACGAAGCCAAAAGGUCGCCCAAAGAUAACAGAAAAGCGGAGGAAGACAUUGGUCGAGCUGCGGGAUGA